CACAACGUUUUCUUCAUUUCACCCAACACAACACAACACACUCUCUCUCUCAUGUGAUGUUAUCAUUCACAUUCAUUUACUAGUCAAACCUUACAAGUAAUCUUGCAAUUGAACUCUCUCACCAUCCUCUCCUCUUCUGCAUUAUACUGCUACCCUCCAGCUUCUCAGACACACAGAUAGAGAUCCAAUAAUGGACUAUGAGAGGAUAGAGAAAGUUCAGACUGGAAUAAUUUCUCCCAGUAAACUGAGAAUGAAGUUAUUAGGGGCUAGGAAGAAGGAUGGAUCCAACAGUAACUCUUCUAGAACCUCUCCUGCAAGGCUUGAGGAUGCUGAGUUUGUCAAUAGCUUACUUUCCUCCAACAUUGUCAACCUCGACGACGAAGUUACUUCUCCAAGCUUAGAUGUUGUUGCGGCAUUAAAGCCAUUGAGUGAUGCUGUGCUGGAGCGGAAACGGAACGGGCAGGUUUCUAAUGAACCAAAGGAGACAAUGCCUAGGGAAAAUGGUGACACAGGACGCGUAAAGCUGCAACACUUUCAUAAAGUUGACACUGGAAGUUCGAGCACAAUUCAUCCCGUGAGGUCAAUAGAAGAUGAUAAUCUUGAUUAUGAUAGCCAAGCUAGCUCGUCAAGUUUUGAGUUUGAUAAAGGAGAGAGACCGGUGAGCAAUCAUGUAGGUAGAUCUCUAUUGAGACCUAUUCCUUCGAAGUGGAACGAUGCUGAAAAAUGGAUAAUGAAUCGGCAACAUAUACAACCUAGUUACUCGAAAAAGAACAAUGUACAUAGCCAAGCAAAUCGUUUACCGAUAAGUAUGGCGAGGGUUGUUCCAGAGUCCGGUAAUUUUGAUCAUAAGCUCCUAACGAGCAAGGUUACUGAAACAAAACGAGUUGAUUACUGUCAACCAACAUCACAUUCACAUACGGGAUUCGAGAAAUUCUCUUUUGUUCCGUCCGAUGCUCACUCGGUUUCAGGUCAAGCACACGGAAAAACUCCGGUAAUAGAAUCUUUUUCCCAAAGCAAAGACUUAAAGGAAGUAAAUGAAGUUGAUUUAUCAUGCACAAGUAUAGACGAUCAAACAGCGAUUUCUGGUAUAAGAUCUGUUGCCAUGAGAGAUAUGGGAACUGAGAUGACCCCAGUGCCAAGUCAAGAACCUUCGCAAACAGCUACUCCUGUUGGGUCAGCAACUCCGAUACGCAGCCCGACUUCAUCAAUGCCUUCAACCCCUAGGAGAGGCGCACCAGCUUCAACGCCUUUGGGCAAAACAACUGAUGAGGAUAGCAGCAAAAGGCAGUUGUCAGAAGAAGAAAUGAAGCUUAAAACAAGGAGAGAGAUCGCAGCACUAGGUGUGAAGCUAGGGAAGACGAAUAUUGCAGCGUGGGCGAGUAAAGAUGACCACGAAAAUGAAAAAUCUGCUGCUCACGACGCGCAGACUCAAGAACAGGAGAGGAUCGAAUUUGAAAAACGCGCUGCAUUGUGGGAGGAAGCUGAAAAGUCUAAGCAUGCUGCAAGAUUUAAGCGCGAAGAAAUCAAAAUUCAAGCAUGGGAAAGUCAGCAAAAGGCCAAAUUAGAAGCCGAAAUGAGAAGGACCGAGGCCAAAGUUGAGCAAAUGAGAGCCCAAACACAUGCAAAAAUGGUGAAAAAGAUUGCUAUGGCGAGGCAAAGAUCAGAAGAAAAACGCGUAGAAGCAGAAGCUAGAAAAAAUAGAGAAGCCGAAAGAACUGCAGCGCAAGCAGAAUACAUACGGCAAACCGGAAAAAUGCCGAAUUCAAAUUACUUUAUAUGUUGUGGCUGGCUGUGAUAUAUUACAUUUGAAUUUGAAGAACUAAAAAAUGGCAUAUCAUCUUUAUACCAAACCUUGUAAUUUUCAAACACUGAGUGCAAGUUUCUUACAUAAUAGUGUUUGAUGAGUGAGUGAUAAUGUUUACAAGUCUGUUUUCCAUUUUUUAAAGGCAAAAUUGAAGUGCUUGCUUUAAUAUAACCUGUUUAUAUAAAUGUACAAGUAAAAGAAGCCAACCAACAUAGGUUUAAUCUAAAA